AUGCGCCGAUUGUGCAUCCUUGCCCCAUCCGCUGCCCACUACCUCGCCGGAUCAGCACAGCUCACAAGCACAUCCACGCAUGCAGGAGACGGCGGUCCGGUGGCGGCGACACCGCAGGAGGAGGGCAGAUGGAAGGAUAUUGUGGGAGGGGUGCCCCGACAUUUCCCCCUUAUUUGCACCAUUCAGCGCCAUCUGCCGACCUCGAAGACCCGCGCACGGGCCCACGCGAAGCAUCGCACAUCCGUGCUCUACGGAUCGCCCUUCUUCUCACCCUUCUUCAGCGACCAGGAGCCCACGCGCGCGUGUUUUACUAUCACGGCUUCCCUGCCCCAACGCGGUGAGCUAAUCACGCAGGCCUGCCCCAUCCGCCGCCCACUCCCUCGUCUGAUCUUCACGGCUCACGAGCGCGCGGACGCACGCAAGAGAUGGCGACCCGGCGACGGUGACACCACAGGAGGAGGACGGGUUGGUGCAUGCACUUACCUUCCAGACGUUUCCCCCUCGUUCGACCACCCAGCGCCAUCUGCCGACUUCGCCCUUGUCGGCCGGCGUGUACGCAGCAUGAUCCAGCUGCCUUCGGUUGACACAUACGGCUUCAACCCGUCGCAGGCGGACUUUGCGUACGGCGUGGUGGACGACAGUCACGGACAGCACGGACAUGCUAUGUACGGCGUCGCAAGCGGGCGCAGCGUGCGACCGUCGAUGUCAGCAUCAUCGCUUUCGACGAGCAGCAGCGCGGCCAAUACGCCGGGAGGGGACGGAUUCGGUGCAGGAGCCGGGGAGGCGGACAUUAGCCGAUUUGCGGUGGGAGCGCUGGCCUGGACAGAAGUGUCGCUGACCCUUGUGCCUCUAUGUGCGCGUCGCUCUUUACCAUUCUCACCCGACUUCGGUUUCGUGCAGAUGAACGAACACCUCUCUCAAUACGUUAAGACGCCCGGCGACUUACUCCUGCACCAGGAGCUCUUUGAGACCAAACAAUGCCCACAAAAGGCAGAGCGGCUCGUUGCCAGUCUCAACCAGCCCUCAUCCUCGCUAGCCGCAACAUGCUGCGGUAGCGACAACUCACCCUCUAGCGCCUCCAACGGCUCUCCCCGUGAACGGCCAGAGGCCGCUUGCGAUGAGGCCGACGCACGCUUCUGCAUCAUCCAGGCAUCAUCCAGGAUGCAUGGGGGUGAACUCAAUCACUAUCUCAGCACCGUUGAGGUCCACUCCACUGACGUGCGCAUGAAGCUAUCGCACCUCAUCGCGGAUGAAAGCCGCCAGCUGGUCCUUGUCCAGCCUCUGCUUCCGCCCUCCCAAUCUUUCUCGAGCUUUGCCUCGUCCAUGCUCAAGCCCGCUCCCGGUCGUACCACGUUCAUUCACCACGCGAACAUGUCUACUGCAGUUUUCCCGACGCUCCCUCCUCCGCUCAUGCCAAACCCGAACAGUGCACCUGCCUGA